AUGAAGCUCAACCCGGCUAAAUGCUCAUUCGGGGUCAGUUCUGGCAAGUUCCUUGGGUACAUUGUAAUCCACCGGGGAAUCGAGGCCAACCCGAAGCAAAUCAGGGCCAUUCACUCAAUCCCUUCCCGGAAGAACGUCAAGGAGGUUCAAAAGCUAACGGGAAGGAUGGCGGCCGUGAGCAGGUUCAUCUCCAGACUCUCCGAUAAAUCUCACGCCUUCUUCGGAACCCUCAAGAAUCUGAAGGACUUCUACAAUCUCCGAACACGCCGUAAGCGCCGUCCUCGUUCGCGAGGAGGGAAACAAGCAGCUACCAAUCUAUUGCUAAGCAAGGCUCUCCUGGAUGUGGAAACCCGCUAUAGCCAUUUAGAGACGCUGGCCUUAGCCCUGAUCGUCGCUGCUCUUGGUCCUCUACAAACAAGAAGCCUCCGGACGCCUAGGCAAAUAGGACGUGGAACUAGGGGAGUACGACGUAAUAUUUCGACCCACUACGGCUACAAAGUCACAGGUCCUAGCGGACUUCGUGGCUCAAUUCUCCCCUGCCUUGCUCCAGCUUUGGAGCAGGAGGUACGCCUCCGAGGCGUAACUAAGGAAGAGGGAGAAUGGAUCCUGCACAUUGAUGGAUCCAGUAACGUUAGAGGGGCUGGAGUGGGGAUAGUGCUUACCUCGCCAACGGGGGACACGGCCUCAAGGGCCGUGAGAUGCAACUUCAAAGCAACCAACAACGAGAGCGAGUAUGAGACCCUGAUCACAGGUCUAACCCUUGCCCACCAAAUGGGGGCAGAGAAUAUCCAAGUCUUCGGCGACUCCACGCUGAUAAUCAACCAGGUACAGGAAGAGUACCAAGCAAAAGAUGACAGCAUGAUCCAGUAUUUGGCGGUCGCUCAGCGACUAAUCAAGAAGUUCAAGAGCUGCAAACUCACGCAAAUCCCCCGGGAACAAAACUCGCAAGCUGAUGCUCUGGCUAAUCUAGGGUCCGCCCUCAGAACGAACAGGCAGAUGAGUAUCCCCUUGCUCAUGCUCCAAUGGCCAGCUACCUUGGAGGAACCCCCGUCAGAGGAGGUCUCUGCCGUCGAAGAAGGCAAAACGUGGAUGACCCCCUUAGUCCAGUACCUAGAGGCCAACAUCCAACCGGAGGACCGUAACGAGGCCAGGAAGAUUAAGAAGCCAGCCGCAAGAGAAAUUUUUACUAAGAACCUUGCGGUGAAAUCUAGCACUAAUCUCGGUUGA